AUGUUUGGUACCUGUCGUCUUAAAGGUAUUACAGCCUCUAGUGAAAAUUUUAGGCUCUAUGCGUCCGUGUCGAAUAAAGAUUUUAAGCUUAACGAGGCCUGUGCACGUUGUAUUACCGUCUCACGCACUGAUGACCCAAGUAAGACGACGUCAGCUUACGUGCUUGAUGUAUGUGAUGGCUGUGCAUCGGGUAGUCUAAGGCUCUCAGCAGAUGCAAUGGCGGCACUGAAGAUUGUAUCAAGUGACACGACCACUCAAGUCUCGUACGCAUUUGAUACGUGCCCCGAGUCACUCCUGUCAGGCAAUAUUAAGGCUUGUAUAAUGGAAGGCGGCUCGUCCACAUACGUGCCGUUGCAGUUUUAUAACUCCAAGAAGCCCAUCCAGAGUGCAACAAUCGAGGGUGUCACGGCCAUGUCGAUCUCGUCUAAUUUCUUGUUCGCGGCCAACCCUGAGUUUGCGUCCUCUGAUUGGUAUGAGAGCGUCAGUUUCUCAGUCACGUCGAACGACAACGAAACUCUGAGCGGCAAUUUUGCAUUCACUGACUCGUCUGGAUGUGCUACGUCGGACGUACAGUUUUACUCGGCAUCGACUUCUGGCGGUGUCGAUGGAAACACUCGUGUCGGGUCAAGUGGAGCUAUCAUUGGCGCUAUUGCCGGUGGCAUUGGAGCGUUGAUGAUAAUUGUGGGAUCAGCCAUUCUCAUCCAGCGUCGCAAACGUUCAAUGAAGGAUCCGCAUGAUCCGGAGAAUGACGUGGAGAACCAGUACCUGUCGCCAACGUCUAAACCCAAAGCUAUGCCGGCUGCCACCUACCGGUCGGACCAUAACGACCACCAGCCGCCGGCUUCACCUACCGCUAACUACACCGAGACGUUUUCGCCUGCUGCUAAGGCUAACGUUCCUGGAUCAGAGAUACGUAAUAUAGGCUCGCUAAAUUCGUCGCCUGUGGCCGCUGUUGCCGUUCCCGCUGCGACCGUUGCUGCUUCGGCUGCUGUGAACACUCUGAGUUUGCCUGAUUAUUCUCCGGCCGUUUCUACGUCCAACUCGCGUGUCUUACCAGUUGAGCGCUCUCCCCCGCCAAAACCCGCCAACGUGGCCCCGACCUAUGCAUUUAGUAGCACUAUGAGCACAAGCCCGCAUAGUGUGACUAUGUCGAAUGUAAAGGAUGUUCCUAAGCAAACUGCUCCUGUUGUGCCUUUCCAGUCAACGAACACUGAUUUCUACGAGGAUGAUGCUGAAGAGGAGCGCUCGAGCUUUGACAUAGAUGACAUGCGUGAAUCUGAAGCCCGUGGAAUGUCAACGGGCCGUAUGGGCUCACAGCCAUUGUUCGCUCCGUACAUGACAGCUGAUCCGUAUGCCACCACAAUGACGUCCCCCCAAAGCAGUGCCCGCGCCACGGGCUUGCGUCGUCCAAAUGCGAAGCAAAACUCACUAAGGACGCCUAGCCGCGAAUCAGGUCAGUACAACAAUAGUCUGGCGACUUCUAACGCAGACAGCUACGCGUCAACAGCACCACGUCAGACGAACGGAUCAUUGGAUUCAAAUGGCAUAGGUCUACAGUCUGCCAGUUCAACAUUGGCACCAGCAGCACAUGAUUACUCAUUCAGCCGCUCGAUCAACACUGGCUCCGAGAUGGACUCGCCAAUGCGAGACAGUGAUGCUACUUACGCUGCUCAGCACAACUCCGAUCUACCUGUAUCACAGCGCAGUAUGGGGUCAACGCGUGAGAGCGGUGGCUACAGCCGCGAGUCCUUGAAUAUUCUAGGCUACCCAUACUCCAAGAAGAGCGGACGACACCACAAUACUACAGAAAUGCAGUUUUAG